GGGGAUCUGACUUUGUUUCGACCGUGCGCAUGCUCGAUCGUACUAACGACCGUACUCGCUGCAUCCUCCACGGGCUUUUGCGAUUGAGUGCAUGCCGAGUUUUCCCAUUUUUACAUCCGCGACCAGCGCCGCCGGCUUUAUCGGCCCUGAUCGCGCGCCUAUCAUCAUCGGAUUACCCGACGGCAGAAUAAAAAUUCUGACUCAGACAUUGGGAAGACUUGGCUCUCUCCUGCUUCCCUUUCUCUGAAUAUUCAUGUCCCUCACUACUGUUGACGUCGCCCCGUUUCUCUCGAAGAGCCUGGCGCUGUGGCGCGAAGACGGCAUCCGCGGUCUGUUCCCGCUGGAGCUCCGUCCGGGCAUGAUAUCUUUGCUGGCUGGUGAGCCGCCCGAUUCAUCACUUCCUCCAUCGCGCUCAAGGGAUGCCACUCCUCCCUCAGGCCGUCCGAACGCAUCGACGUUCCCAUUCGAAUCGAUCACGUUGAAGCUGCGGCCAACCUUGGCCGGUUUGCCAGCUCAGGCUGAUGGCAUCGACGAUAUGUUCACGAUCGAGCUUGGACCGGAAGACUUGGCUCAGGGUCUUCAAUAUGGACCGACGGCGGGUGCUCACGGUCUUCGCGAGUGGUUCGAGAACUUCCAGGCUCAGGUGCACAAGCGGCCGCAGAACGGAACCUGGACGGUUUGCGUCGGCUCCGGAAGCCAGGAUCUCCUCUGCAAGGCAUGUUGUAACUCUGAUGAAUUGAUUUUGAUGCUGACCGCACAACAGGCUGCACAGCUCCUCGUAGACGCGGGCGACUCGAUCUUGGUAGAGACGCCGGCAUAUCCGGGAUCCCUCAACUUCUUUAGAACGCUGCCCGUGUCUCUGAUCGAGGUGAACUCGGACGGACAAGGUCUGGAUCCCGACCACCUCUCUUCCAUCUUAUCCACCUGGGACUCUACUUAUCCCGGCCGCCCCAUGCCGAAGUUCCUAUACACCAUCCCAUCUGGAAGCAACCCGACUGGAGCAUCAAUCCCCGAAGCGCGGAAGGUGCAGAUCCUGCGUCUCGCGAAGCAGUAUAACUUCCUGAUCCUAGAAGAUGACGCUUAUGCGUUCGUGUACUAUGGCGAGGGCCCGAGGGCGCGGACCUACUUUGAGAUGGAGACCGAGGUGAACGGUGAAGAGGGACGUGUCGUUCGAUUCGACUCUUUCAGCAAAGUCAUGUCGAGCGGGAUGCGGAUCGGAUUCAUGACUGCUUCGCCCGAACUCGCGCGGGCUGUGAACCUGGUGACUGCGAGCACCAACCUGCAACCCAACUCCCUCACCCAGCUCAUGGCGUACUCGCUCCUCGUGCGCUGGGGCCCGGAAGGAUUCCUCGAGCACUGCCGGGGUGUGGCCCAGUUCUACCGCGCGCGCCGGGAUAUGUUCGAGGCACUUGUGCGCAAACACCUCGAUGGACUUGUCGAGUGGACGUCACCCAUCGCCGGGAUGUUCCUUUACCUCCGCUUGUUGAUCCCGACCCCGGACGGAACGCCCCUGGAUUCGAAGGUCCUUGUAUCGACCCAUGCGGUGGAGAAGGGUGUUCUGGCAGUUCCCGGCAGCUCGUUCAUGCCGCUUGGCGGGCCGACGCCGUUCCUGCGCAUCAGCUUCAGCAUUAUCGAAGAGGACAAGGCUGAGGAGGCGUGCAAAAGGCUCAGGGAAGUCAUACUCGAGGCCAGGAAGGAGGCACAGUCAUAAGUGUGUGGGCUUGGACGAGGGUUCGCAGGAAAGACUUUGAAAGAUACCGCUACUAGUCAUUUCUUGUCAUGAAUCUAGAUCCCAACGUGAUGCGGAA